AUGGCUCACCGCGGAGAGACCCUUCACAAAGAUGUGUGCUGCAUUGCUGACCUGAAGAAAAUGGGGAGCAGUCGGCUGGCUCCAAUGGUCAGAGACUACUACAAUGGAGGAGCUAUGGACCUAAUCACUCUCAACGAGAACGAAACAGCUUACGACCGCUAUAAGAUCCGCCCCCGGGUCUUAAUCAACGUCGACCAAAUCGACACAAGCACCGAGUUCCUUGGUAGCAAGGUCUCGCUUCCAUUUGGCUUCAGCCCGGCCGCAUCAAUGAAACUCGCCCACCCGGACGGCGAGCUCGCGACGUCGCGCGCAGCUGCAAAAUUCGGCCUUGCCAUGGGCCUGUCUUCGUACUCGAAUUAUCCGCUCGAGGAAGUCGCCGCACAGGGGACCGGGAAUCCGUAUGUGAUGCAGAUGUGUGUAUUGCGGGAUCGGUCCAUUACGCUUCAGUUGUUAGACCGGGCGGAGAAGGCUGGGUACAAGGCGCUGUUCCUAUCUGUUGAUGUACCCGUGCUAGGCAAGCGCAUUAACGAAUAUCGGAAUGAGUAUACCAUCCCAGAUGAUAUGUCAUGGCCGAACAUCCUCAGUCACGGAGCGGAUCACUCGGACCGCACUGACUACGUAACUACCCCCGAAGAUAUAGAACUCGCCAUCAAAUAUGGCAUCGACGGUAUCGUCAUCUCGAACCACGGAGGCCGGCAACUGGACGGCAUGCCGUCGACAUUGGACGCACUGCGGGUCUGUGCCCCAGUAGCCAAGGGUCGAAUCCCGAUUGCGGUGGAUGGAGGUAUCCGACGAGGCUCGGAUAUCUUCAAGGCUCUGGCGUUGGGGGCUAGCUUCUGUUUUGUCGGAAGGAUUCCGUUCUGGGGGUUGGCUGUAUGUGUUUGCUUCUCCUGUUUUUCUAUUUUGUUUGGGACUGACCAAAUACAGUAUAACGGACAAGAAGGUGUCGAACUGGCGAUUAAGAUCCUCCGCCAAGAAUUGAGGAUCACCAUGGCAUUAGCUGGGUAA